UCACAAAAUAUAUCUGGCAACGAAUCAGCUGUGUUGGUAAAAUUUGUGAUUGCAUGUUGACGUCAUUUAUUUUUAGCCUUUAGAAAUAUAACAAAAUGAAAAUUUGCUUUUUUUUCUGACUUUAGAUAUGCUUUAAAAAACUUACAUUUAGAUCGUCAUCUUAAAUCAAGAAUUUAGUGAAUGUAUUUAUGCGUUAAGCUAAAUUAUUAAAAAUGGACAUCGACAGAGAUCUUGAUGCUGGUCUAUUGCAGCAAUUCAGCUGCUUGGGAACAACAGAUAGAGAAGUCCUCAUUUCGCAGCUUCAAAAACUUUUAGGAGAUCAAUUGAAUCCUGCUGGAUGUGCUUUCUUUCUGGACAUGAAUAAUUGGAAUUUACAAGCUGCCGUUUGUUCAUAUUUUGACUUUGAUUCACCAAAGGAUAAGUUACCCAGAAUGGCAUUUGUUAGAGAUGUCACCAUUGGUGAAGGAGAAGCAGUUCCACCUAAUAUGAAAUUUGUAAAAACUUGGAAGAUUCAAAAUCCUAGUGAUGAGCGAUGGCCUCCAGGAUGCUGUUUACGCUUUACAUCUGGUGAUCAAAUGGGUCUCACAGAGAGAGUUUUAGUUGAGGCAUUAGGACCUCAUGAACUGACAGAUGUAUCUGUUCAAAUGACAAGUCCUCAAGCACCUGGAAUGUAUCAAGGGCAAUGGAGAAUGAGUACUGCUACAGGACAGUUUUUUGGAGAAGUGAUAUGGGUUAUUGUCACCGUGGCUGAAGGUGGCUUACUUAGUAUAACUCAGCAGAUGGAUGCCUUUCAUCAUCUUGGAUCUCCACCAAGGACAUCAGUAGUGUCUCAAAAUCCUUUUUCAUCCCAUGCAAAAUUUGGAGAAGUACCUACAUCUAUGGAAGCACUUUCAGAUUCUCAAGUUAUGCCACAUCUUUCAUCUACGAAUGGGGAUAAUUCAUAUACUCAUCAAAAUAGUAUAGCAUCGCCAUCACUAAGGGCUGAUCAUCAGGAAUCACCACAGCAGUUCCUUGGGUCUCCAAAUGUUACCCAGAAUUUUUUAAAGAAUGAAUCAUCUAAUGAAGAAAUGAUUUCUUAAUUUGUUCAUGUUGAAUUGAAACAUUUGUAUUUUGUGUGUUUUUUCUUUAAUUUUCAGUCUUAUCUUGAAAUUGACAUAAUGAAUUUUAUUUUAAAAGCAUAUCUCUUUUAAUAUUUUGUUGGUUCUCUUACAUUCUAUUUAUUGCAGUUCAUCAAGUUAAUAUUAAACUUUGUAAUCACUUUUAAUGGAAUUGGACUUUUUUAUUUGUUAUGUUUUCUUAUUGCAUUACAUAUUCACUUUUAAAAAAAAUUAUUUUAAGGGCCAAGUAAAACUUAUCAGAGCAAUAUUUCCUAACAUACUCUCUUUGUGUUAGUCUUUUUCUUAGACAUUUAAAGCAUAGUACCUUGAUUACUCAAAGCAUAACUACUAACUUUACUAAAAUUUCUUGUAGACUGGUUGAAUUUUCCAAUUUUUUCUGUUUUAACCAAAAAUCUCCUCUGCUUUGAAGCAUCUUAUUAUCUAAAUUAUUAUCUUUAUUAGAAAAUUAUUGUCUAAAUAAUUUUCUAAGUUAUUAAAUAAUUUUCUAAAUAUUUAAAUAAGUAUUUCUUCUAAAUAUUGUAGUUAAUUUCAUUUAUAGUAAUCAAUUUGUAGCUACUUUUAUUUUAACAUACCAUUUUUUUAAAAUGCAGUUUCUUUAUUAUUAAAUGUAAGUAUAUUUUAUGCAUCACAAAAGUAUGCAUUCAAAAAUAAUCUUAAUAAAAAAAGAUGUUAAUCACAAAAGUUGUUUAUUUAAUAAUAUUAAUCUAUUUAAUGUUAAGCAAAAAUGAAAUAAAAACGUUGCAGUUACUUUACAUUUAGAGUUUUUAAGUGUAAUAUAGUUUUUAUAUUUUAUUGACUGUAAAAUCCUUAAAAUUUAAUGUGUCUUAAGUCUUUGAGACAUUGUGCAAUUUGUUAGCAAGAAAUUUGUGUUUAAUAAAAUCAUCUAGAUAAUUUUUUAAAUUUAUGUUUUAUUUUUUUAUGUUAGCAGCUUUAUUCUUAAGUUAUUAGGAAAAGACCUACUUUGAAAAGUUUAAAUAGAGGUAACAUCAUUUUUCAAUCUAAUUUUAGUCACAAACUGAGAAUCAAGAUUUUUUUUGCUAAUUUAAUCCCGCAUUUCAAUCAAACCAAUUUAUCUUUUCUUGUCCACGCUUUUCAGUUCGCUACAAGUAAGAUCUUUUUGCUUAUCAAGACUUUGUUUAGAUAUGAGUACAUGAAGUGCAAUACUCAUGACGUUGUAAAUAAUAAAUAUAGAAGAAAAAUAUUUUUGUUUAAGUGAAUUAGGAUGGCAUAUUAUUGAAAAAGAAGAAAUAAAAUGUUAAGUUUACCUGUAAAAAAAACUCCAGAAAUGGCUUUGGUUAGGAAAAGUAUUGAAAUGAAAGAAGUUCAGAUAAUCAAGAUGCUAGUUUAUUUCAUACUUAGUAUGAUCAUAAUGUUUAUGCUAAUGAUCAUUUUAAGAUUAAAAUUAAUUUUUUUAGAAAAAA